AUGGAGGACAGCUCCGACGACGAGGCGCCGUCCAUGCCCGCCCUGCAGCUGCAUGCCGUCACCGAGGCGCUCCUCGCCGCGCUUGACCCCACGGCGACCGCGGCGCAAGAUGACACGCGCGCCGUAGGUCGCCAGCGGGACCCGAGGUCGCGCGGAUUACGGGGGUGCGCCUCGCCCCCCGGCAGGAAGCGUGGUGCGGGCGGGGGCGGCGACUCGGUCGCGCUGGGCCCCGGGUUUGCGGCGAUGGCGAGGCCGCCGCGACGGCCGCAGAAACAGGUGACUCUUGACUGGCAGCAGGAUGUUUUGCAGAGGGACUUGGCGGAGCGUGAGGAGCCGCGCGUUGGGCUACACGCCAUGGGGCAUGCGCAGAACAAUGGCGGUGAGGACUACGAGCACAGCAGGUUACCCAGCCGGGACAAUAACCGACAUCAGUCUGUGAGAGAACUGGGGAAUCUGAGCACAGAGGCAGCUGAACGACCGCCGAUGCGCAGAGUCGUCGUCUCUCCCUGGCGCCGCCGCCGCAGCCCGCCGCAGCCGACGGCGGCGAACGAGUUACAGCCACCACCACCACCACCACCCGCGCUGGCAACAGCGCCCACCAAGCACAGACGGAUCGUCAUCGGCGGAAUCUCGUACCGCAUCCUGCGGAGGCUGGGCCGGGGCGGCAGCGGGCGCGUCUACGAGGUCAUGGCGCCCGACACGCGGACCUGGGCGUUUAAAGCGAUCCCGCUGGGCGCGCUCGACGACGUUGCCAAGCGGCAGGUCGAAAACGAAGUGGCGCUACUACACAGUCUGCGUGGGACGGACAGGGUGGUGGCUCUCGAGGACUGGUGCGUGGACGAGGCCAAGAAUGCCAUUCACAUUGUCAUGCAAUUGGGCCAGAUUGAUCUGGAACACAUCAUCAUGCAGCGCGGCGACACCAGGCUCGACCCCGUCUUUGUCGGGUUCUACUGGCGCGAAAUGCUGCGGUGCGUGGCGGCGCUGCACGCGCACGGCAUCGUGCACGCGGAUAUCAAGCCGGCCAAUUUCGUGUCCGUCGACGGCGUCCUCAAAAUCGUCGACUUUGGCAUCGCGCACGGCCUCCCCGACGACACGGCCCACCUCUACCUGGAGCAGCUCGGCGGCACGCCCAACUACAUGGCGCCCGAGACGCUGCGGGUGCUCUCGCGCGGAGAAGGGUGCUCUCGCGCCGUGGUGCGCUUCGGCACCCCGUGCGACAUCUGGAGUCUGGGCUGCGUGCUGCACCGCAUGGUCUACGGGCGUCCGCCGUUUGCGCACGUCGCUGGCGGCCUCGCGCCCAAGCUGCUGACCAUUGUGGACGGCGCGGCGCCGGUCGAGCUGUCGGCGUACGGGCUCGGCGGCGGGGGCGUGCCGGAGGGCCUCCGGUGCACUAUGGGGGCUUGCUUGGAGAGGGACCCAAGCCGCAGGCCGACGGCCGCGGGGCUGCUGGCCGCGGACGGGCUGCUGAGGGAAGACCGGUCGCUGGCUAGGGCGAGGGCGCUGGCGGAUGUGAUGCAGGAUAUGGCGACGAGGGCGGUGCGUAGGGAACUGCUGGAUGAGUGGCUCGCGGAGGCGAUGGAGGAGGCUGGGCUCAGAUGA